AUUGACACCAAAAGACAUGAAGAGAUUCUUCGGCUUCGGGUCGCAGUCGAAGGCCAACAGCGGGUCCGCCGGUUGUCCGCAGCCGAGUGUGGAUCACAUCAGCGGUGAUGUCGAACGCGUGUCGGCGGAGAUCGAGUCGCUGUCCAAACAGAUCCGUAUCGAUGAGCAAAAGUGUCGACAACUGGACACCGAUUGCGCCGAAGAGGUCCAGUCGUACGGACGGCUCGAACGCCGACACGAAGACAAUGGCCGGCGAAAAGACCAGACCAUCGAUGGGAUCAAACGCUUGAGCCAACACGUGGUGACACUCAUGCGUGCAAUCGAGUCGUCGGACGCUAUGGUCGAUGAGUUGGAGCGAGAGGUGCGCCGAAUGGAGGCCGAAGUGGACGCCCAGAGGCGUCAGUUCCGGUCACUUCUGGACCAAUACGGGCGUCAGUACAACGAGCGGAAGGAGGCGUACGAAGCGAUCGGCCAUUAUAUGGAUGUCGACGGCAGCGGAACCGGCGAACGAGAGGACGACAUAGCGCUGGACUCCCGGCGCCGACAGAUGCGAGCGCUCAGAGCGGAGAUCCAGUCGCUGGAGGCCCGCGCGGCCACCGCUAAGCCGAAG